GCUGCAGGUGAGCGCGCGCACGCGCCGCGGCUCCCGCCUGCCUCGGGUGCGCGCGCGCGGGCUUGCAGAGGAGGUGGCCGAGAGCGAGAUUGCGGCGCCUGUCGCCUCUGCUCCGCCCCCUCCUCCUCCUCCCCCUCCUCCUCCUUCGUCUCGGCCACCGCCGAGGCCCGGAGGGAGGGAGUCGCGUCCCUACCCGCCGCGCCGCCAGUCCGACCCUCGGUCCGGCCGCGUGAGCAGCCAGCCGAGCGGAGCUCUGCGCGGAGACCCGAGCGGCGGCCGCCCCUCUGCAGGUGCCUGUGAGGAGUCGCCCGGGCCGCAGCCGCGUCCCCAACCCGCCGGCCGCGCACUCGCUCCCUGCGCUCCCGAGGGGCGGCCCGGCCGGAGGAGGCCGCCGCGAGGCCCGGCCUCAGCAUGAACCGCAGCCACCGGCACGGGGCGGGCAGCGGCUGCCUGGGCACCAUGGAGGUGAAGAGCAAGUUUGGAGCUGAAUUUCGUCGGUUUUCACUGGAAAGAUCAAAACCUGGAAAAUUUGAGGAGUUUUAUGGAUUACUGCAACACGUUCAUAAGAUACCCAAUGUUGACGUUUUAGUAGGCUAUGCAGACAUCCAUGGAGACUUGCUACCUAUAAAUAAUGAUGACAAUUAUCACAAAGCUGUUUCAACGGCCAAUCCACUGCUUAGGAUUUUUAUACAAAAAAAGGAAGAAGCAGACUACAGUGCCUUUGGUACAGACACACUAAUAAAGAAGAAGAAUGUUUUAACCAAUGUAUUGCGUCCUGACAACCAUAGAAAAAAGCCACACAUAGUCAUUAGCAUGCCCCAAGACUUCAGACCUGUGUCUUCUAUUAUAGACGUGGACAUUCUCCCAGAAACACACCGUAGGGUUCGUCUUUACAAAUACGGCACUGAAAAACCCUUAGGGUUCUACAUCCGCGAUGGCUCCAGUGUCAGGGUCACGCCACAUGGCUUAGAGAAGGUCCCAGGGAUCUUUAUAUCCAGACUUGUCCCAGGAGGCCUGGCUCAGAGCACAGGACUACUAGCUGUUAAUGAUGAAGUUUUAGAAGUUAACGGCAUAGAAGUUUCAGGGAAGAGUCUUGACCAAGUAACAGACAUGAUGAUCGCCAACAGCCGCAACCUCAUUAUAACGGUGCGACCCGCAAACCAGAGGAAUAAUGUGGUUCGGAACAGUCGGACUUCCGGCAGCUCCGGCCAGUCCACAGAUAACAGCCUCCUGGGCUGUGUCCAGCAGGUAGAACCAAGCUUUGAGCCAGAGGACGAAGACAGUGAUGAAGAUGACAUUGUUAUCGAAGGUAACGGAAUGCCGCAGCAGAUUCCUAAGGCUGUUCCUAAUACGGAGAGCCUCGAAUCUUUAACGCAGAUAGAACUGAAUUUUGAGUCUGGACAGAACGGCUUUAUUCCUUCUAACGAAGUGAGCUUAGCACCUGUAGCAAGUGGCACAAAUACAGAAAUACAUGCUCCGGAUCAAAAACUCUUAGAAGAAGACGGAACGAUCAUAACACUAUGAAGCCUUCGUCCGAAUGUCUUUGGAGCGAGGAUGCCGCAGGGACUUGUAAAUUUGGCUGUUCAAAGCAUAUAUACCUCUGAACCAGUGACCUGGAGUAGGCAUGAGAAAAUUAAUAUUGCAAGCUUGAAAUGUUGUUAUAAUAGUAGUUUGAUCAUUGUUAAUAUAAACUUAAGUUUGUCAGAGGUGAGUUUAAGUCUGAAAGGGGCCUUUGCUAAUGAAAUUACGUGCUUUUGUUAUUUUGUCUCUAGAGAACUGGAUGUUAGAGCACAUUCUCAGAACUGAGAGGACCAGAUCAUUUCCAUUCGAAGUGGUUGCAUAUUUUUUAACCUGCUGUGCAGAGCCCAGUUAGCUUUUCCUUUAACUAUAUUUUUUUAAAUUCUAAUGUGAAGAAGUCUGAUUCUGUCCUUUGGUACCUUAGGGACCUCAGCUCCUAUGUUCCCUAUAUUUUAUUUCAAUUUUUUAAUGUUGUUCCUCUGUUGUUCGUUGUUACAAGUAAUUUUUUCAGAUGCUUUUUUUUUUUUCCCUAAUAUUUAAGAAAUCAAUCGCCUGUUUUUGGGAGUCGCUUCCUACAUCAUAAAGCAUUGAAACCGUGUUCCUGAAUUAAGAAACUAUAACUGUUGUUCAAGUUCCAAGCUUGUUCAUCCCAUAGUUUUCACAUUCACAGACUCACUCCAUGUGCGUAUAACUUAAUGUUGCAAAAGGCAACCCCAUCAGCUGGUAAUACCUGAGACUCCCUUCAUCUCCUUCUCACCCGCACCCCCAUCUCAUUGGAAAUCAUUCCAUUUGUUGUUGGUGUGUGUUUCGUGGGUGCGCUUUUAUACUCUGCUAUGUAUUUGAAUAGUGGGAAUUAUUUUGGAUUUAAAAAUGCACCCAAAUUAAGAGAUUUUUACAC